AUGCAUUUGUCGCUUCUAUUAGGGCUUGGGGGAGCUUUGCUCGCAUCUGCUCGACCACUUGGAAGCGGUUCUAUCGUCAAGCGAUCUCUUCCUCAGUGUGCGAAUGAUGCAGUCUGGCUUCAGCUCCAGGAAUCCUCGUUGCAAGCAGAGGCGAGUGCGUUCUGCAGCGCGUAUAUCGAACACACUGCGACUCAAAUUGUUACUGUAUACCCGACAACAACCGCAGGGACCGCCACAAUCACUGACAAAAUAACCGUCGAUAUCACUGUUACCGACACUUCAAACAUCAUAGAUACGGUCACCUCGUGGUACUCCAGCACGGAUAUUGCCCCAGUCACUAUUACGAGCGUGAUUGAGGAUGUUGUCCAAACUACCGAUUUCAUCACAACAACCGAUGCCACAGCAAUUAGUACUGCCAUUGAUGUGGUGACAACGACUGUAACCGAUACUACACUAACCAGCACUGUGGUAAACACCGAUUAUAUCACUACAACAGACACCACAGUCUAUGCAACGCAAACCGCGACAUUGAGUAUGACUAUUACGGAUUCUACCGUGAUCAAGACGGUAACCAGUGUUCAAACUGCCACGGUCACUCUUGCCCAAAGAACCGUCGAUGUCGAGACGGAGGAUGAUCAAGAAGAAGAAGAAGAAGAAGAAGAAGAAGAAGAAGAAGAAGAAGAAGAAGAAGAAGAGUUCGAUAGCUGUGGAGCACCAGAGCCGGAAUGCACUUCCUCCGAGUGUCUAUUUAGCAGCUGGCUGGCCGAAGUCAGCACAAUCGCAGCUAGCGACCUUAGCAGUGCUUGCUCCUGUCUGGUUGUACCUGCUACCACCACGACCACCAUCGUAACGACUGCUUCUCGGAGCACAGCGCCUUCCAUAUUUGUAACUGCCACAAGUCGCGUCACAGCCUAUCAGACCCAAGCCAGCAGCAGUCACGUUGUUGUGUCUGCAUCCACAAUCAUUGAUGAGACUUCAUCCAUCUUCCUUUUUGUCACCCGGACUCGUACAUCACCAACCACUAAAUACGUUUAUGCCACUGCCUCCUCAUCUGCAAUAAUAACUCGUGUUGCCACCAACGAUCAAACAGCCAGCACCACAGUAACGUCCGUCGAAUCUGUGACUAUUGACGAGACUGCCUCUGCGACGACUACCAUAACUGCCACUGCUACCAUCCUCGAAACAGCUUCCAGCACCGUUUCAAUAACAGAGACCACCACGGCAACCAUUACUCCCACGGCUUGUGCCCAACUGUCAAGUCCUUACGAUGAUUCUGUUUAUGGGGUGACAUUUGAUAUUGCCUGCAACUAUGAAUAUUCUUAUAGUACUAGCAAAAUUGUGGGUUUGGACAUGGGUUAUACCUUUAAAGAGUGUAUGGACGCAUGUGCAGCACUGUCUACAUGCAAUCAUUUGCAAUAUGACAGGUCUGCAUCCGAAUGUUUCCUGCUCAGUGGAAUUAUUAAUGGCCAAGCCGAAAGUGGUAUAGACGUGGCAUUCGUGAGCAGAUGA